CGCGGCCAUCCGGGCACCGCACCAUGGCGGCGGCGGCGGAGGAGCCGGAGGGGCGGCGGGGCCGGGGGCCGCGGCCGGGACCGGCGCCGGGCAGCCCCGCGGGGCGGGCGGUGGGCGAGGGCUCGCCCGGGGGCAGCGGCCGCCGCGUCUUCAGCCCCGCCGGGGAGUUCCGCGAGUUCUCCCGGCGGCAGCUCCGAGACAUGGAGCGGCUCUUCCGACAGUACGACGCAGGGAAGGACGGCUUCAUUGACCUGAUGGAGCUGAAGCUGAUGAUGGAGAAGCUGGGGGCUCCACAGACACACCUGGGACUGAAGAACAUGAUCAAGGAGGUGGAUGAGGACCUGGACAGCAAGCUCAGCUUUCGAGAGUUCCUGCUGAUUUUCCGGAAGGCAGCAGCGGGUGAGCUGCAGGAGGACAGCGGGCUGCACGCCCUGGCUCGGCUUUCCGAGAUCGAUGUCUCCACGGAGGGCGUGAAAGGCGCCAAGAACUUCUUUGAGGCCAAGGCACAAGCCAUCAACGAAGCCAGCAGGUUCGAGGAGGAGAUCAGGGCCGAGCAGGAGGAGAAGAAGAAGCAGGCGGAGGAGCUGAAGCAGAGGAAGGCAGCCUUCAAGGAGCUGCAGUCCACCUUCACGCAGUGACAGGGCCAGGCGGGACCAGUGCUGCCUGUGCCGCGUGCCAGCCGCGGGGAGCGGUGCCCGAGUGCCACCUGGGCUGCUGGCACAGUGCCACCUGGGCUGCUGGCACAGUGCCACCUGGGCUGCUGGCACAGUGCCACCUGGGCUGCUGGCAGAGCCCGGGCAGCCCCGGCUCCUCCCUCCCCUCUUGCUGUGGUGUCUGUAGGUGUUGUUCGUGCCCCCCACCUCCCCAGCGUGCCCCCCACCCUGCACAGCCCCCUGUCCCCUCUGCCCGCAGCUGCACGGGGGGUUGCUGCUGAGUCCCAGGGGAGCUGUGUGCAGUGUCCCUGGGGCACCAUGCCCAGACUGUCGUGUGUUGUGAGUGCACUGGGAGGUUUGCAGGACGGGGGCUGGCGCCCGUGGCCAUGGUGGGUGUUGUGGUGGCCACACUGGCUUGGCAUCUGUUGGUAUUGCUGUGUGUGACACCAGUGACAUGGCAAGGGCCAGGUGCUGGUAGAGGGGCUCCGUGUGUGUGUGGCUGUGUGGGUGUGUGGUGCUGGGGGUGGGUGUCCACCCCUCUGACGUGGAGCCCCCCCAGGAGCUGUGUCUCUCUUUAUUUGGUCAAAGACGUACAGAAAGGCAGCUGCUGGCUCAUGGGGCUGUUUAAUGUUUUGUCAUGUUGUGUUCAGCCUGGCAGGAUGAGCGUGGUGGCCACAAGUGGUUGCCACUGGUCACUGAGGCUCUCGUGUUUGUGGGUUGCUGUAAAAACCCACAUCUGUCCCACAUUGUCCCCUGAGUGGCGGCAUAGGGGGUGUGUUAUGUUGUUUUUUUUAAUUUAAUCCCAAAUAAAUAUUAUAUUUCUUAAA